AGACGAACGUCGGCGUUUCACGUGUCCAUCUGUCACUCGUCGAUCGUUAUCCCGCAUUGACCCGCAGGUCUAAAAUAACGGCGCUUCGUGUAAAUAUCGGUUUUGAAAAAUAAAAAAGAAAAACCAAAUCCAACAUUUGAACAUUGUAAAUACGUUUUACUCCCGUAUAUUUACCUCCGUAGGGAUAAACGUGUGGCUGGGUAAAAUGAUGUGAGGGUGCCAUUUUGUUAUCUUAAAAUAAAACACGACCGAUUCUUCUCAAUGUUAAUUGAAGAAAACAAUACUUGAAUUGAUAACUGCAGAACAAAGAUAUCGACGGCGCAAACGAAAAAGAGAAGCAAUAGAAAAUGGUAUCUCUGUUUUUUUCGCAGCCAAUGACACCAACCAUGACGGGUGUUGAGGAGCAGGAAAAACUGUUGGAGGAUGCCGUCGGUGUUGUUAAGGUUCAGGCCUUUCAGAUGAAGCACUGUCUUGAUAAAUCCAGGCUCAUGGACGCACUCAAACAUGCCUCCACUAUGCUGGGAGAGCUCCGCACCUCGCUGCUGAGUCCCAAGAGUUACUACGAACUGUACAUGGCGAUAACUGACGAGCUUCGACAUCUGGAGCUUUACUUACUAGAUGAGUUUCAAAAAGGGAGAAAAGUUGCAGACCUCUAUGAGCUUGUUCAAUAUGCUGGAAAUAUCGUACCUAGAUUGUACCUACUCAUAACUGUUGGUCUAGUUUAUAUUAAAACAAAUCCCUGCUUGAAGAGAGAUCUGCUGCGUGAUUUAGUAGAAAUGUGCCGUGGAGUUCAGCAUCCAUUGAGAGGGUUGUUUUUAAGAAAUUAUUUACUACAAUGCACGCGAAACGUGUUGCCUGACGUUGCUGAAGGAGUUGAACAAGAGGGCACGGUGAGUACGCGAGAGCGUUUCCCGGGAACGUUGCUGUUGCAGGUACGUGACAGUAUUGACUUUGUCUUGAUGAAUUUUGCCGAAAUGAAUAAGCUAUGGGUCAGAAUGCAGCAUCAGGGUCACAGCAGGGACAGGGAAAGAAGAGAAAGGGAACGCGAAGAGCUACGGAUCCUGGUUGGAACAAAUUUAGUCAGACUCAGCCAGUUAGAGACUGUUACCCUUGACAAAUACAAAAAGCUGGUUUUACCAGGGAUAUUAGAACAGGUUGUCAGCUGCAGGGAUGCAAUCGCGCAGGAAUACCUCAUGGAAUGCAUAAUUCAGGUGUUUCCUGAUGAAUUUCACUUACAAACUCUGAAUGCGUUUCUGAAAUCAUGUGCCGAGCUGCAAAAUGGCGUAAAUGUUAAGAACAUCAUUAUUUCAUUGAUUGACAGACUGGCUGCUUUCAGUCAGCGAUCAGAUGGGGUUGGUGGACCAGGAAGCCCAAGUCAACUUCAAGGAAUUCCGACAGAUGUCAAACUGUUUGAUGUAUUUAGUGACCAAGUGGCGACUAUCAUACAGACCAGGCAAGACAUGCCACCCGAAGACAUUGUGUCGCUCCAAGUAGCGCUCAUCAAUUUAGCGCACAAGUGUUAUCCAGACAGAGUUGAUUACAUCGACAAGGUUUUGUCAACCACAGUGCAAAUAUUCCAAAAGCUCAACAUUGAAAGAUUAGAAUACAAUAGUGCAGUUUCGAGGGAAUUAUCUAGGCUGAUGAAAAUACCUGUCGAUAACUAUAAGAACAUACUGACAGUUUUGAAACUUGAACAUUUUGCGCCACUUUUGGAAUACUUCGACUAUGAAGGAAGGAAAUCAUUGGCUGUUUACAUAAUCACGAAUAUCUUGGACAAUGAAACUCUGAUACCUGCGCAAGAACAAGUCGACGCGGUGCUUUCAAUGGUGUCUCCUCUGGUUCAAGACCAACCAGACCAACCAACUAUCGAAGAAGAUCCCGAAGAUUUUGCCGAAGAACAAGGCCUUCUUGGUAGACUGAUUCAUCAUUUUAAAUCCGAAACUGCCGAUCAGCAGUACAUGAUUUUGAGUGCAGCUAGAAAACAUUUCAGUACUGGUGGAAAUAAGAGAAUCAAGUAUACUCUCCCGCCAAUCGUGUUUCAGGCUUAUCAGCUGGCUUUUACCUACAAGAGCCUGAAAGAUCAAGAUGAUGUGUGGCAGAAAAAGUGUCAGAAAAUCUUCCAAUUCUGUCAUGUGACAAUUACUGCAUUAAUGAAAGCUGAGCUUGCCGAACUUCCACUUCGGCUUUUUCUCCAAGGAGCCAUUGCUAUCGGUGAAAUUCGCUUUGAUAACUUUGAAACAGUCGCUUAUGAAUUUAUGAGUCAAGCUUUCUCCAUUUACGAAGAUGAGAUUAGCGAUUCAAAAGCCCAGUUAGCUGCCAUUACACUUAUAAUCGCAACUUUCGAACAAAUGAGUUGCUUUUCCGAAGAGAAUGCCGAACCAGUUAGAAACCAGUGUGCGCUUUAUGCUAGCAAGUUACUGAAGAAACCAGAUCAAUGCAGAGGGGUUUCUACUUGUUCGCACAUAUUCUGGUCUGGAAAGUCAAUUGCCACUGAUGGCAAAGAGAUGCAAGAUGGGAACAAAGUACUGGAUUGCUUGAAAAAGGGAAUCAGAAUAGCAAGCCAGUGCAUGGAUACUUCUGUCCAGGUUCAACUUUUUGUUGAAUUGCUUAAUCAUUAUAUCUACUUCUACGAAAAAGGAAAUACAGCGUUGAGCGUACAAAUUUUGAACCAAGUGAUCGCCAAGAUAAGAGAGGAAUUGCCAAACCUCGAAGUUAGCGAAGAAACUGAACAGAUCCAAAAACAUUUAGCAAAUACUCUAGAGCACCUUCGGAACCGGAUGGAGUCUCCCGAAUCGGAAGGUCCAUCAUAUCAAGGUCUCGUACUGUAAUCAAAAUUCAAUAUCUUUUCCCGUUUAUGAUGAUAAUUAUUGUAAAUAGUUUUUCAUUGUGAUAAUAAUCCUGAAAUGAAUCUGUAUAAAAUGAAUUGAAAUAAUCAAAUGAUAAAGUGACCGAUAAUUUAAGCUAUCUCAGUUAUAGCAUUCCGAAUUAUGUACAAAAUGCUGAAAUAAAACAUCAUCUUAUAAUGUGAUCAUGCCGG